AAAAGGGGCGGAGACGUCUAUUUUUUUUGUUGUUGUUGGUUAGUGUGCCCUCCAGUCUUGGGACCAUUCGGACACAGCGAGGGUGAAGCAGAGAAGGGGCCUGUAUUGCUAAACAGGUUAAAGAGGAUUUUGCGUGCGUGCUGCCAUGCAUCCGGUGAUCCUCCUCUUGUCUGCCUUGCUUGCACUCCCUCCCUCCCAUGGCCAAGAUCCUUUUGGCUGGCUUUACAGCCGCCGGAGCUCCGUCCAAAUGGACACGACAGGAGGCGAGUGCCCCCCCGAGUGCGACUGUCCCCCGACCUUUUCCAUUGCUAUGUACUGUGACGCACGGGGCCUGACACUCAUGCCCGCCAUCCCUUCCCGAAUGAAGUACUUGUACCUUCAAAACAACGCCAUCUCAGCUAUAUCCGACUCAUCUCUGGUUAACGCAACCAAUCUUGUGUGGCUCAUGAUGCACAAUAACCGACUCACAUCUGAUGGCAUCAGCGAGAAGGCCUUUUCGAAGUUGGAACGACUUGAGCGUUUUUAUUUAAAUCACAACAAUUUGACCAGCAUCCCUCGUAACCUCCCUCGCACCCUUCGAGACCUGAGGAUCAACCAUAACAACAUUCAAAAGGUAACACCUUCAGACUUGGAGGGAAUGGAUAACCUCACAAUCCUGCAUCUCCAUGACAACGCUAUCACAGACAUGGGUGCGUCGCUCAAGUCCCUGACAUCCCUCACGCUGUUGGACGUCAGCGCCAACAAGUUGACAAAGGUGCCAGAGGCUCUCCCUGAACAACUGCACCAGCUCUACUUGGACUCCAACUCCAUUGCCUCCUUGCCUGAGGCAUUCUUGGCCACUUUCACGCAGCUGCAGUACCUGCGAAUGGCCCACAACCAGCUCACAGACAAAGGCCUCCCUUCCAACAUCUUUAAUGUGACGGGCCUGGUAGAGCUAGAUCUGAGCUUCAACCGCCUGGAGAGAAUCCCUCUGGUCAGCACCGCCCUGGAGCAUCUCUAUCUCCAAGCCAAUCACAUCAAAGAGUUCACAUUGGGGAGUUUCUGCAACAUUGUGGAUGUUACCAAUUUCUCCAAGCUGCAAACUCUGCGGCUGGAUGGAAAUGAGAUCAGUCAAGAGGAUAUCCCGUCAGAUUCCUCGCUCUGUCUGCGUUUGGCUUCCAGCAUUGACGUUUAAUCGUGCACUCAACCUUUUCAGAAAAUCGCUAACAUUAUCCACUUUGUUAUGCAGUACUUUGCUACUGGGAUUAUUUUACAUUCAGACAGAAGAGAGUAUUCCUUGUCUUGUGGUUUGUAUUUGAAUGUUUCCGGAAUGUACUGUGACUUUUCUUUCCCUUUUUGAUAUACUUGAAUAUACUUGAUAAUCAAAUAGAAUUAGAUAUAUUGUAUGACAAGAUUGACCAAACUCUUGGUUCGAUCAGCACGUGUUGAGCUUUAAGGUAGCUAGUAGAGUUGCAUUUGCAAUAUAAUUGUUCAUAAAAUGACAAAGCUUGAUUUUGUACAAGUGGACGAAUGGUAUUAAAGAUGUUUUUAUUAACUUUUUGCAUGGAUAAAACAUACAAAAAUGA